CGGCAGCAGCGGCAGGCGCCGCCGGGACGGGCACGGGCGCGCGGCUCGGGCGGGCGCUGGCUGCCUUCCCCCGUCGCUCGUUCGCUCUCCCUCCUGCUUGCUCUCCGACUGGGGGCCGGGCUGCCCCCAGCGCUCUUGGGAAGGAAGAAGGGGGGGCUGAGGACGCCGACAAGUUCCCGUAGCAGCCGCAGAUUCCGGCCCAGGCGAAGGCUGCGGUUCCGACGGGGCAGGAGCGCGCUCCGCCGCGGAGCGCACGGCCAGAGUGUACCAGACGGGGGGCGCCCGGGCCUUUCGCUCUCCUUGGGGCCGCGGGCCGGGAUCCCAUGAGACGCGCCCGUGAGGGGCGAGAGAUCCGAAGCCGGGGAGGCGCGCGGCAGAGGCGGAGGGCGGUGCUGCAGCUGCUGGAGGCCAGGAUCCGCCGGCAGGAGGCGGCGGAGAGAACUUGAACUUGGCGUCGGGAGCGGGCGCCCCGGACGCCCCCCGCCGGGGCCGGGGCGCCGAGGGACCUGGGCCGCAGCGCUGCUCUCCGAAUGGCCGCGGCGGCGGACCGGGCUCCCGCGCCGCGGCCCUAGGCGGCCUCUCGCCAUGGCCAAGUGGCUGAACAAGUACUUCAGCUUGGGCAACAGCAAGACCAAGAGCCCCCCGCAGCCGCCGAGGCCGGACUACCGCGAGCAGCGGCGCCGGGGCGAGCGGCCCUCGCAGCCCCCCCAGGCCGUGCCGCCAGCCCCCGCGGGCGCCUCGGCGUCCUGCGGUCCGGCCGCCGCCUCCUGCUUCUCGACCUCGUCGGGAUCGCUGCCCGACGACAGCGGCAGCACGAGCGACCUCAUCCGCGCCUACCGCGCACAGAAGGAGCGCGACUUUGAGGACCCCUACAACGGGCCUGGCUCUUCGCUGCGCAAACUGCGCGCCAUGUGCCGCCUGGACUACUGCGGCGGCGGCGGGGAGCCGGGCGGGGGCCAGCGCGCCUUCUCAGCCUCGUCCGCGUCGGGCGCCGCAGGCUGCUGCUGUGCCUCCUCCGGCGCAGGCGCCGCCGCGUCCUCGUCUUCGUCCUCCGGCUCCCCGCACCUCUACCGCAGCAGCAGCGAGCGGCGGCCCGCCACCCCGGCCGAGGUGCGCUACAUCUCCCCGAAGCACCGCCUCAUCAAGGUGGAGAGCGCCGCGGGCGGUGCCGGAGACCUCCCGGGGGGUGCCUGCUCUGGCGGCCGCACCUGGAGUCCGACGGCCUGCGGUGGCAAGAAACUGCUCAACAAGUGUGCCGCCUCGGCCGCGGAGGAGAGCGGGGCCGGUAAAAAGGACAAGGUGACCAUUGCUGAUGACUAUUCUGAUCCCUUCGAUGCCAAGAAUGAUCUCAAGAACAAAGCAGGAAAGGGAGAGAGUGCUGGCUACAUGGAGCCCUACGAGGCCCAGAGGAUCAUGACAGAAUUUCAGAGGCAAGAAAGUGUCCGGUCCCAGCACAAAGGCAUCCAGUUAUAUGACACCCCUUAUGAACCUGAGGGCCAAAGUGUCGACUCGGACUCAGAGAGCACAGUCAGCCCCCGACUACGGGAGAGCAAGCUGCCCCAGGACGACGACAGGCCCGCCGACGAGUACGACCAGCCAUGGGAGUGGAACCGGGUCACCAUCCCAGCUCUGGCAGCUCAGUUUAACGGCAAUGAGAAACGGCAAUCAUCCCCCUCACCUUCCCGGGACCGGCGGCGCCAGCUUCGAGCUCCUGGAGGGGGCUUCAAGCCCAUCAAGCAUGGGAGCCCUGAGUUUUGUGGGAUCUUGGGAGAAAGAGUGGAUCCUGCUGUCCCCCUGGAAAAGCAAAUCUGGUAUCACGGAGCCAUCAGCAGAGGAGAUGCCGAGAACCUUCUGCGGCUCUGCAAAGAGUGUAGCUACCUUGUCCGGAACAGCCAGACCAGCAAGCAUGACUAUUCCCUCUCCCUGAAGAGCAACCAGGGCUUUAUGCACAUGAAACUGGCCAAAACCAAAGAGAAGUACGUUCUGGGUCAGAACAGUCCCCCAUUCGACAGUGUUCCAGAAGUCAUCCACUACUAUACCACCAGAAAGCUGCCCAUCAAAGGGGCUGAGCACUUGUCCCUCCUCUACCCUGUGGCUGUGCGGACCCUCUGAGCGGACAAGCCCCACCCUGCUCUGUGACGGGGCCCAGACUUGGAGGAGCUGGAGGCCCCCGCCCACCAGCCCCGCCGCUGUUGCAGGCGGGGUCCAAUUUGUGUCGUGUGUAUGGUACUAGCACACCACUGCAUGUCUCUAGAAUGCUGUUGCCACUUACGGGGGCUGGAGAAAGCCUGGACAAAGACAGAAGGACAGCCAACACGCCACCCCAGCCCCCACCCCCGCCCCCUCCUUGAGUUUCUGUGAAUUAAAAUAUUUGCAAAUCCAAAGAGAUGCCUUCCAGGAUGAACAAAGGAGAGCAGCUCCGGAGGGGCGAGGGGCGGGGCGGGAGCUCCCGGGUUGCAGCUCUUUGUUCUCCAGCCGUCACGAAUUCACACCUGUGGGGGUGGGGGGUGGGGGCACUACGGUUUUCCCACCAGGGCCCCCGCUGGUGCUGGGAGACAAAUGCGGGUGCUCUGAGAGCCCAGAAAGCCCCAGGAGUCUGGCUUCCCCUGUGGUGUGUGUGUAUGUGUGAGUGUGAACACAUACACGAGAGAGCAUGGUCACACACAGAUGUGAGUAAGCCCGCUAAAUCCACUGUUAGUCACUCAGUGUAAUCACUAGGAGAUCUUCAAGGAAUCAUUGUGCAGUCACAAAGAGGAUUCAAUUAUUUAUGAAUAGGGUGUGUAAAUAAAAUAGUCAUUUAAUACAUA